CCGGGAUGCGCGGCGGCGGGAGGCGGAGGCGGGCGCGGAGGAGGCGGCGGAUGGGGGGGAUGCGGCGGCUCCUCCACGGCACACACUUCCUGCUCUCGCCCCUGCCCGCGCUGGGCUGAGGCGGCCCCGCGCCGGGAUCCCCCGGCAGCGGCACCUGGUGCCGGCGGGCGCCGGGCCGCAUGAACAAUAGGCGGCGGUCCCGGCCCCGCCGUCCCCCGCAGUGCCCGGCUGCCUCGGGCGCCUCCCCCUAUGGAGCAGCCUCGCCAUGGAGCCCCUCACCGAGCUCAGCCAGGAGGGCGCGGGCGGCGGGGAGCCGCCGGGCGGCGGGCCGCUCUGGACCGCCGUCUUCGAGUACGAGGCGUGCGGCGAGGACGAGCUGAGCCUGCGGCCGGGGGACGUGGUGCAGGUGCUGUCCCGGGACUCGCACGUGUCCGGCGACGAGGGCUGGUGGACGGGCAAGAUCGACCAGCGCGUCGGCAUCUUCCCCAGCAACUACGUGAGCAGCGGUGUGCCGGGAGGCGGCCCGGAGCUGCGCGCCCGAUACCCGCCGCCCCCCGCCAUACAGCUCCUGGAGAUCGACUUCUCAGAGCUUGUUCUGGAGGAAAUCAUUGGCAUAGGGGGCUUUGGAAAAGUGUAUCGAGCUGUGUGGAUAGGAGAUGAGGUUGCUGUCAAGGCAGCUCGCUAUGACCCUGAUGAGGACAUCAGCCAGACCAUUGAGAAUGUCCGCCAAGAGGCCAAGCUCUUUGCGAUGUUAAAACAUCCCAACAUCAUUGCCCUCAGGGGCGUGUGUUUAAAGGAACCUAAUCUUUGCUUGAUCAUGGAGUUUGCCCGUGGAGGAUCGCUAAAUAGAGUGUUGUCUGGGAAAAGGAUACCUCCUGACAUACUAGUGAACUGGGCAGUACAGAUUGCGAGGGGAAUGAACUACCUGCACGAGGAAGCGAUUGUUCCCAUAAUUCACCGUGACCUGAAGUCCAGCAACAUACUGAUACUCGAAAAGGUGGAAAAUGGAGAUCUGAGCAACAAGAUGUUGAAGAUCACGGAUUUCGGCUUGGCCAGGGAAUGGCAUAAAACUACCAAAAUGAGCGCAGCUGGAACAUAUGCCUGGAUGGCUCCUGAGGUCAUCCGCUCCUCCAUGUUCUCCAAAGGCAGCGAUGUUUGGAGUUACGGUGUGCUGCUUUGGGAACUGCUAACAGGAGAAGUUCCAUUCCGAGGAAUUGAUGGUCUUGCGGUAGCAUACGGUGUUGCCAUGAAUAAACUUGCCCUUCCAAUCCCUUCCACAUGUCCAGAGCCUUUUGCCAAACUCAUGGAAGAUUGUUGGAACCCUGACCCACACUCACGACCUUCCUUUGCCAGUAUCCUAGACCAUCUUACUGCCAUAGAAGAGUCUGGUUUCUUUGAAAUGCCCAAAGAUUCCUUCCACUCCCUGCAGGAAGACUGGAAACAAGAGAUCCAAGAGAUGUUUGAUCAGCUCAGAGCCAAAGAAAAGGAGCUGCGCACAUGGGAAGAAGAGCUGACUCGUGCUGCUGUUGAACAGAAGAAUCAUGAAGAGCUGCUGCGAAGGCGGGAGCAGGAGCUGGCAGAACGUGAGAUUGACAUCCUGGAAAGGGAGCUCAACAUCAUCAUCCACCAGCUGUGUCAGGAGAAGCCUCGGGUGAAGAAACGCAUGGGAAAGUUCAAGAGGAACCGGCUCAAGUUAAAAGAUGGCAAUCAUAUCAGCCUACCUUCAGAUUUUCAGCAUAAAUUCACUGUGCAGGCUUCUCCAACGAUGGAUAAAAGGAAAAGCUUGAUCAGUAGCUGCUCCAGCCCUCCUGCAAGUCCUACCAUUAUUCCCAGACUCAGGGCCAUACAGUUGACUCCUGCUGAAAGCAGUAAAACGUGGGGGCGAAGCUCAGUCCUUCCAAAGGAGGAAGGAGAGGAAGAAGAGAAGAGAGGCCAGAAGAAAAAGGGACGCACCUGGGGACCAAGCUCACUUUGUCACAAGGAGCUAGGUGCAGGAGAAGAUGGUCUGAAAGCUCUGGUAGAAGGAUACAAACAGUGGUCAUCCAGUGCACCGAACCUUGGAAAGAUCCAGAGAACUGCACCAGCUUUUCCAGGAUUCACCAGCUUAGCAGAGAUGGAUGAUGAAGACAGCGAAUGUCUUAAUGGAGAGGACAAAGUGCACCCUUCACCUGUGCACAAUCAGUCAUACCUCUGCAUCCCAUUUCAGAAGAAUGAAGACUGGGAUGGCCCUUCUAGUGAUGCCAAUGAGGAGUCCACCCCUGUAAACUCUGCUACUAGUACCCCACAGCUGACACCCACCAACAGCCUCAAACGUAGUGGCUCCCACCACAAGCGAUGUGAGGUUGCACUGCUUGGCUGUGGAGCAGUGCUGGCUGCUGCUGGCCUGGGUUUUGAUCUGUUAGAAGCAGGGAAGUGUCAGCUGCUGAUUGAGGAGGAGCCGGAGGUGCCCAAGGAAGAGAAGAAGAAGCGUGACAGCAUUUUUCAGCGAGCUGGACGCCCACGCAGGAGCACUAGUCCACCUUCCCGGAAGAUCUUCAAGAAGGAGGAUCCCAUGUUGUUGCUAGGCGAGCCAUCCACAUCCCUUACCCUUCUUUCUCUGUCCUCCAUUUCCGAAUGUAAUUCCACCCGGUCCCUGCUGCGCUCAGACAGUGAUGAGAUUGUGGUAUAUGAAAUGCCUGUCAGCCCAGUGACAGUCAAGGCUCCUUUGCCAGCCAUUACCAACCCACUAGUCAAUGUCCAGAUCGAGAGGUUCAAACAAGACCCCAACCAGUCCCUGACUCCCACACAUGUGACGGUCUCUUCCCACACCCAGCAAAGCGGGCACAGGCGCACACCUUCUGAUGGAGCCAUCAAAGGGAGUGGACUAAUUGUCAACGGGUGCCCAACCAGUGGAUGCCCUUCCAGUAGCUGUUUAACUGGAGCACUGGGAGCAGGUGUAUUAAAAACACCUAGUCCAAGUAGAGAUCCCACUGAGGUCCCUCGCCUGCCAGACCCCAACCUUGUUUUUCCUCCAACCCCAAGACGAUGGAAUGCACAGCAGGAUCCCACACUGGAAAGACCUAAGACAUUGGAGUUCCUGCCCCGGCCACGUCCUGCAGCCAGUCGGCAGCGGCUUGAUCCCUGGUGGUUUGUGUCACCCAGCAAUGCCAAGGGUGAAUCUUCUGCCAACAGUUCAAGUACUGAUACUCCAAGCAAUCUGGACUCUUGUUUUGCUAGUAGCAGUAGCACUGUAGAAGAGAGACCUGGGCUGCCUGCACUGCUUCCUUUCCAGGUGGGUCCUCCUGUAGAGGAGCGGACACUGUUGGACAUGGAUGCUGAGGGGCAGAGCCAGGACAGCACCAUUCCGCUAUGCAGAAGUGAACUUAACACACACAAAGCUGCAGCAUAUGAACUCAAGCAAGAAUUCUGGUCUUAAUAUGAAACCAUUGGGGACAGUGAGCCCCUCUAAAUUCAGUCCUACUUUUUGCACUGAGAAUGCACUUUGAAGACAGAUGAGAUGGAGGGAUGCUACAGAGAUCAUAUGGUGCUGCCUCUGCUGAAGAUGCAUUGUUGACUGCCUAAUUUUUGUCUGCAGUUGGGUGAAACUUGGCAACUCUGAGCUGCUGAUUUUUGCUGUGGGGUUUUUCUGUAGUCUUCCCUGCCCUCUUAUUGCAGUUUGAAUCUGCAAUGAGCUGAAAUUAUCAUAUCAAAGCCUUUUGUUACUGACCUUGUAGGAUUUGGCACUUGCAGUAAGUAUAUUGGUAUCUAUGCUGGUAUUAAUCAGUAUUUUCAAAACUCAAAUAUUACACAAUAGCAGACAUCAGUGUUUGAUGUUUUCCCAAGGAAUCCGGGACAGAAACAAUUAAUUAUCUAGAGACUACCUUCUCUGAAAUAUAUUCCGAUCAUUAGACAGUCCUGGGAAUCAUCGUACCCCCACUGAAAGAGGAGAAGUAGCUGUCUUAAGGCUUGUUUGUCCUCUUUUGCUUAUCUGGUAGUGUAUGGUGGAACAGAUUGCAGGGGAAGGGCAUGGCAUCUCCACUGAUGGAGGUCUUUGAGAACAGGCGAACCAGAUGAAACAAAUAGGUGUAGUUGAUCCUGGCUUCAAGGUGGGUUGGAUGAACUUCAGUGGUAUCUUGAGGUCCCUCUCAGCCCUGCUUUUCUAUGACCCGAUGCUUUCAAGAAGAUGAAAGCUUAUGGUAUGGCUGUUUAUCUUGCUUUUUUAUUUCAAACUUUGGUUCCAUCUGUCCCUUGUUUCCUACCACCUGUUUCUCAGGCUAUAGUGAAGUUGCCUCAGCUUUGGGAAGGGAGUUAGCAGGAACUCCUUCUUUAAAGCUGUGUUGACUUGCAGAAGUAAAUUACAUGUUCCCAAAUUUAUCUUCCUGGUUUUUGUCCUUUCUUACACUUUUUAGGAGUGACCCAUGAAACCCAAGACUGUUCUUAUGCACACUGGUACUUGUUUAAGGCUAUUUUAAAAUGAGGCUUGUUAGUAGUUGGAUUGUGCAAACAGGAAUCAGAACAUCUGGAUUCUGUUUUGUUUUGUCACUGAUUCACUGUGUGACCCUGGGCAAAUAAUGUAACCUCUGUGCCUGAAUUUCCCCAUCUGUAAAUAAUAGGAAUAAUACCUACCUCACAAAGGGAGGGGUUGGGACAUAUGUAAUAGUCCUUUGAGAUCUUUGAGUGAAAGGCCCUAUAGACAUGUAAAACUUUAUUCUUGUUCAAAUAUGUAAAAAACUAAAUCAGGAGCAAGAACAGAUCCCUGUCUUGAAGGAGGAAGUUACACAAAUAGGGUGUGCCUAUGCUCACAGUUUUCUGUACAAAGACUUCCAAAUGUGUCUGUGCCACUACAGGUAUAACUUAGUGGCUGUAAUGAGAGCUUCAUGAUUCCCCAGGUUCAGCAUUGUAAAUAAGAGAUGUAGCCUUUAUAUCACUGUAAUAGGGUAGUCUGCUUUGUUGGAGGUUAAGCAUAUCUGUUCACUCUUUUUGUACAGAUCUGUGCUCAUUUUGAUAAUCUACUGACCAUUUGGUUGCAAAUAAUUUAUUUGACAGUGACGCCAAUGCAGUGCUCAGCCUGUUGGGGCAGUCCAGUCCUGGUGUGAAAGCAGUGUAGCCAAAUACUUCCUGCAGCUGUCAGCACAAAGAACCUGUGUGUUUAGGUGUUUGUAAUCGGAUUUUAAAAACCAGCAUGUGAGGAAGAAGUGUACAUAAGGGUUUUUAGUUCUGUUUGAGGACUGAAACUAGCAUGUUGCCAUUAAUCAAGUGCACCUUUUUUUCAAGCAAUUACAGUAUGUUUUUGUGUAGAAAGGUCACAUAUUUCUUAUUUAUCACAUUCUAUGAAAAAUUUUUAAUGGCAUAAUUACUUUCCACCACCCUCCCCAUUAAAUGCUCCAAAGCUAGCUUUAAUUGUGCUAUAUGAGGUGCUGAAGCUGGAUAGACUGUGUAGACAAGGUGUUGUGAUGUGAAACUAAGAUACUUAAAAAAGAAAACUUACAUUUCUGACUGUUUUGUUAAAGGUAGAACUUUAGCAUUAUUGAUUUCUUAAGCAUUCAUAGUUUUACUUUCCAUUUCUGAAAAAUCAGUCUGUGAUCCAGAGACUAACAAAAAGGCAAAACCCAUCCAACAGAUGAUUAAUUUUGAUUGUGCUAUAAACAAAGCUCAAGGAAAUGUCAGUGAGAGGCUGUGUCAGAGGGACUAAAACGAAAGGGAUUAAAACAGUCCCUUAUUCAAAGUCUGCCUUACCAUCUUAAAAAGUCCGAAACAAAACAAGAUCAGCUGUUCUGAAAUGUAAUGUUUUCUAUCCAAAAAAUAUCAUUAUAAAUGUCAUAGGGAGUAUCAUGUGCUCUGCAAAGGUAUCCCCUGGAAUAGCCCCCUUUGAACAGAAAUCUUUAAAAUCCAUUUACUUGCACGAAAUAGGAGGCGGCCUUUUUAAGUCAUAUUGUUUUAACUCAGCCUGCUAAACUUUCUGAUAGUUGGCCAGUAAGUUCACCAAGUAAACUCUAAGGUUUCAGUCAAGUUCCCAUCAGUCAAGACAGCUGGAAAGGCAAGUUGUUCUGUCACCUAUUUUGCUUAAGAAAGUUGAGGAUGACUUAUCAAACCCUCCUUGCCACUCUCUCUCUUUUAGAUAAUCACUUGAUGAAAGUGGUGUGUAGCUGAACGAUGAGAAGUAUUUUACUCCAAAGAGCAUCUUCACUAAUACCAAAUGGACCCUUCUUUGAUGCAAUUAUCUUCAUUGAAUCUAGAAUGUGAAUUAACCGUGGGUAGUCUUUGAGUAUCAACCCAUAAGCUGUCUGGUGACUAACCUGAGGUAUUAGGCAAGAGAAGACUGUUGUGGAACCAAGACUAUUGACUUUAGUAGGUAGUGGGGUAUUCUCUGACAGGCAGAGGGAGCUCUCAAGGCAAAGAGCUGUUUUGCCUUAUGAAUCCCAAAACCUCUCCCUGUAUCCAUCUGUCCCAUCCUGGCUUGAAUUCUCUUCUUCUUAAUCUGUUGGUGUUUUUCCUUCCCACUUGUGUGAGGUGAGGUGUUCCACAUCUCCAAAGGAAUGCUCCACUGUAGUCCACUAGAUAGUGACAAGAUGUGAGCCUGUCAGCUCACAAAUCUUUUUUUCCUACUGGCUACUAUUAUUCCCAUUUUUCAGGGACAUAAAAGUUUCAGAAUAUUGUUCAUUGACAUGCUUUUCUAAGAGUAUUCCUGAGGAAAAUAGUGAAAAUAUUACUUAAAAAAAUUCUAAUAAGUGUAUUGUUUCCUAAGUAGCUGAAAAAGUUGCACUUUUUUUUUCUGAGAAAAUGAGAAAAAGAUAACAUGAGAGCACAAAAUCACUGAGCAGUCUAAAACAUAAUGACAAAAGAAUGGAGUAAAGUGUGUCUAAUUACAGGCCUUACAAGGAGGAAGGCACAGUUUUUUAACUGAUAGUAGUAGUACCUGAGAGAAAUGUUUGUGGUCUAGAAAUAUAUUUGUGCUUUUGUUUAGUCAGCUGGCAGUAUGUAUCGCUAAUUUAUGUAAUUGAUAUGCUGAUUUAGGAAAUAUAAAAAAGUUUGUUGGCCCUUCAAAAUAUGCUAUCCUUGUAGCCUGUUUGGUUUUCCUGUAAAACUGAGGGGAAAGCACAGACAUAGCAACCAGUGCAAAAAAAAUGAUGAAUUUUUUUAUAAAUUUCUACUGGUUUUACAGAAAUUGAGUGUGGGACAAGUAGAGAGAAGAAAGCUUUUGUGUCAAAACCAAGGUGAUUAAAUAGUUAUGGAUUUUUUUCUAAUACUGUUGCUUCUUAUGGACUGCACAGUGCUGUGUUUUACCAGCAAGCAGGUCUUGAUCUCCUUUCAGUCCUUUUCAGAGGUGCAGAUGUAACCUUUUUAUAGGUAUUUUCUUUCCAGAUUAGUAUUGCAGUGGGUCGAUAUUCAUUAUGAGGCAGGGAACCUCAGAGAAAAUACUCUUUUUGUAAUUGUUUUCUAACAAAAUUAGUAUUUUUAAAGUGAAUAUUUCAUUGUUGAUGUGGAAAGACCUGUUCUGGCUUGGCAUGUUUUUAUGAUGAAGUAUUUUUCUGUACCUCUAGGAAUGGGAGUAGUUGCCUUCCUCUUCAUAGCAUGCUGUUAUCUUAAGACUUUGUGGACAAUACUGCGUAGAGCUGUUGCUUCGAUAUGUCGCGAAACUGGAUACCUCUCAUUCUGUCGAAGGUGAGGCAGUAAUGAUCGAGUAAAGAAAGGUCUUUGCCAGCUAGAGUGUUCUGUUAAAUAGAACAUGACAGGAAACCUCUCAUCUCGAGUCACCUUUCUACCUUGAGCUUAACUUUUAUUUGAAAUUUAAUUAAUCUCUGUGGGAUGAACAUGGGAGCUGGAGUCCCUUUAGAUGUAUGGAACCAAAUCUAAUACUGUAUCCCAAAAUUCAGUGGCAGCCUGUUACUUUUGUAAGUAGUUUUAAGCUAAUAUUAAUGGGUUUGUUUCUUGUGGAUUUUUUUGAAAUCUUUCUUCUUGGAAAAAGUGCUUAUUGCUUUCUAACCUUUUCCAUCAUUUUAGAAAUGUUCUCAAGAACUCUUACCAAUUCUGUGGCGAAUAAGGAGGUUUAUAUCUUUCACAGUGAUUUAGGCCCUCCUUUUGGCUUUGCUUUUUUUGGUAUGAAACAAGGACAUCUAUAUUUGGAAACUAAGAUUUCUGAUCCUUAUCCUGUCACUGCAGAUCAGUUUCUUAGUUUCCAUGCUUUUAACUCACUUAAGACUAAAAUUUGGGUAAAACUGGACAGUAAGAGUGAGAGGAUAGACGUAUUUUAAAACAUAUUUGCAAACAAGCAAUAAGAAUACCAAAUAUGAUAACCAAAAUAUGCUGUCACAGAGCAUAACUUUCAGACUUCAUAAACCUUUGGAUGAUUUUAUAAUUAAGGUAUCUUUAGGAAAGAAUGCCUUCCUAUGUUUUUCUGUUACAUUUAGUAUUUUAAGAUUAGAAUAUGAUUAAGAUUAGAAUAUGGUGGUUUUCACAGUAUGGUAGCUAGCUGGACAGAAAGGAUCUUUAGCCAGAUUUGUACCUCUGAUUUUUUUCCUCUAUUUUCAAUCAAGUUUGUGGUUUAAAUUUUUUCUUUUUCUUUUUUUUUUUUUUAUGUUUAACAAACCAUACAGUCUUCUUAAGAACUUACGUUUUAUUGUUUCCUUAGCCUUACUUUUGCGGUUUCAUGAGGCAAUAUGGAAAUGAACUCAUGGCUUCUUCUGCUGCUCCCUCUAUUGAACACACUAGUAGAAAGUCACAUGCUGCAGUUAAGAUGUGCAUUUGCUUUUGGUUUUUCCCAUGCUGAGUUUUUUUUAAGCAGCUUUGCUGCUGGUCAGAGAUGAACACAACUUCUGAAAUUACUAUAUCAACUUUAUUUUUGUAUGUUGAAAGUAGUCACUCCCAGGCUAACGAGGUAUGUGUACUUGAUUAAAAAGUAGUUUGCCACUGGUAACUGGAUGAUGGAUCUGAUGUAGCUACCACAAUUAUUAUUAUUCCUCUCUAACAAGGAUCUCUUUUAUGCAACUAGAAAGUCUUCAGCACUUCAUCAGUGUUUGUACACAAGAAAUACAUUUUGUCUCCAUCUGUACGUGAGUGAAAAACCUCUUACUUUUCCUGACCAGGAACACAAUUUUUCCACUAAGAAUGGCUUCUUGGACUCUGUGUUUUUGUUUAUUUUCUGUUUGCUUGGGGAUGUUGAUUAUUUUUUGUUUGUAUUUUAAGCCUAUGAAAUAUAUACAUGUCUUAGGUGCGCCCUGUAUUCGUAGGUGCCUUCCAUCUCACAUGUUCCUUGCUAGGAGCUGAGGUUUUUUGGAGGGAACUCCUGGUUGUAGCUUUCAAUACUGUGUUGUUCAUCAUACACCAGGCCAAAUACCAGCCCAGUGUUCAUAUCCUCCCAAUUAGAGAUGUGCCCAUACACGUGUGUCAAGGCAUGCGCUGUCACUGGCUCUCAGUAUCUCUCUGUUAGAAUUUUGCCCCCACCCAAUCUUUAUUGGUUAUUUAUUCUUGUUACCAAAGUAACAAGCCUGAGACAGAAGGCAAUACAUAUUUUAGGUGUGCUUUUACCUAAAAGGUUUCUGAGCUAGAAGCAUAAGAUACAACUGGGUGAAGUGAAAGUGGAGGUUGGCAGGAAAUAGCAAAUAAGAGUGAAAUUAUCCUUCUUAAUGUAAGUCAGAGAACAGAGAGAUACUAGCUGCUUGGUCUGUUGGCAUCAUAGGUCCCAAAGAAGAAUUUGAGGAAUAUGUAGUUACUUAAUUUCAUAGAAUAGUUUGGGUUGGAAGGGACCUUAGAGAUCAUCUAGUUUCAGUCCCUCUGCUACGGUCAGGAACACCCUCAACUAGACUAGUUGCUCAAGGCCCCAUCCAACUCAUCCAGUUUCUGGUUGGUUUGUUGUAUUUUACCCUGAACUACCUCAUUUGUAGAGAUAGAAUGGGAAGAAAGUUCAAGUUUUGGUAAGAAUUGCUCUAAGUAAGCAAUUGAGGCUGGAAUGAGAUAGGAGGGCAGAGGCAAACACUGUGUUUGGCUCUUUGACAUGCAAAUUCCUGAUGGAAAAAUAAAACCAACCAUUUGGUUUAUUAAGUUAAGAUUAUACUUUCUUUAAAUAUUCGUGUCUCCAAAAUAGACAAUAAAGGACAAGGCAGGGCAUUUUUCUUGAUGAUUUCUGAUCUGUGGAAGAGUUGAUUGUCCCCAGACCAAAAGGUGGUGAUUUCAUAUUGGUCACUACUGUUUUUAAAAGCAAUGGUCUGUUUUUAGAAAACAGAUUUUUUUUUUUUAUGAUCUCAUGUGCUCUUAAAGUGGACCUACAUAUGAUCCUGAUUGUUUUCCUGUAUUUGCAGUACUGUUUUCCUAAUGUAUCAGCUCCUAAUACAGUCUUAACUGUAUCUGAAUGCUAAUAAUGCGCAGACAGACCAAUAUAGCUAAUAUUAAGAAACUAUGACACAUUUUUAGUGUGCAGUGUAGUGAAUUUAUAAGCUCAGCUUGAAGCGGGCUACUGUUAGCUCUGUAGCUGGUGGGUCAGAUGGAUGCACAGCUAGCAAAAGAGGGCUUAGAACAAAUCUGCAGAAGAAAUGCCAAAGUUUUAUUUGCUUAAAGUAAGCAAUUUGAAAAGUAAUCAUGGUGGGGGAAAAGGCCCUUCAUUACUCAGAAAUACUUUUCUAGGCUCUUGUCCAUGCUCAAAUUUUAGCUGCCAGGAUAGCUAUUGAGAAACUACAUUGUGUUCAAAAUUUUUUGGCUGGAACAUAAGACCAGAAUAAUGCAUUUUAAAUAUGCUAUUUCAGAGUGAUUGAUACUGUCUCCCUGUUCUACCUUCAAUUCAGCAUUUUCUCAAGAACAGAUGUUGAGGUUGGAUAAAACUAACCUCCUUGUCUUGGAGAGACAUAUGUGUCUGAAAAAAAAGAAACAUUGUUCUAGGCAUGUGCUGAUGCUUUUAUGUCUCAAGGUCUUGGCAGGAGAGGUUAUAAUGGAGCAGGAAGACAUGGUGGUGUUUUUCCAAGCUUCGUUGAUAAGAAUGCUGCUAACAGCAGUUGUGUUUCAGAACAAACGUAGCCUCUGAUUGCUGUUUGGCAUAGGUCAGUUGCACACUGAGCUUCUUGAGUCUAUUCCUUGGGUUCUUCUGGAAUUUGUGACUGUGGCCACUUCUCAGCUUGAGUAGUGUCUUUACUCCCAGGCCUGGUCAGUGUCACAAAAUGAGUUAUCACUGUCGACUGCCCAGAUAUUCACAUUAGGCUUGUUCUUCUGUCUUGCAUGCUUUAGUGAGCAGCUCUUACAAUGUCAACAGGGUUAGCAUUUCUAUCUGAACAGAGCAGCUAAUAUCUCUUUUCACACUGCAUCUCAAGCAGUUGUUACUCCAUCAGUUGCUCUGUUUUCAAGGUUAUCUUGACAACCAUAACAUCCAGAUACACUAGUCUGUAAAGAAUAAAGCCACAGCAAAAAAAAAAAAGUAAUUAAAAAAGAAAGCAUACUAGUGAGUGUUUGCCAGUUGAACUGGUUGAGUUUGGCCAGUGCUCUUUGCAGAGUAGAAUCCAUUCUUGUGCAACAUAGGUCUCUUUGGGGGAUGUCUAGGUUCAAACUGGAGAAUAUACCUAGACCCACUAAAAGUCACCAGUGCCCAUCGUGUUUGGCAGUUAUAAGAAACCAAAUAAAAUCAAGGGCAUCUAGUAGUAAAAGUUCAUAUUUAGGGUAAUUACUUUUCAAGUUAAAAGGGAAGAGGCCUCAAUUCAGAAAGCUCUUCAUCACAUACUUAAACAUCACUGAAGUCAGUGGAAUGUGUCUGUGGGUCAAAAUGCACAAGACCUCAGUUCAGCAAAGCUCUUUAAAUUGGGGGAUUGUCCUGGUGAAGAACCAGGCUCUUUGCUUUGGUUGUCAGAGUAAAGAGUCAGUUAACCUGAGGAAAGAGUUCCUCAACAAGCCUCUGGGUAAAUGCUGGUUUGACUGCUGAUUCUUGUGGCCUUUCCAUGACUGCACAUGCCAUGCCUGUUUGACUGCUAAUUCUUACCAUAAGCAGGGUAAGCUUUGAGAAUGUUUUCUGACACAGGAUGAAAGAGCAACAACUUCUGCAUUAGCAGAUUGCUAUCUGUAAAGGGGCAGGAAGUGGUGACUGGAGGUUGUGUGUGCAAAUGACAGUUUAACCCGGGGCCUUUCCUCAGGUGUUUCUUCUCAUUUUCAAAAUGCAUCCCUCCAGGCUGGUGAACAGACCUGACAAGUUCAGCAGUGAUCAACAUCCACCACUUCACUAGAGUUCUAGGGUUCUUGUCUAUCAGCUGUUGGCACAGCACUUCGUGCUGCUAUAUGUGAAUUCCUUCUUGUAAGUUCACAAGCUGGAAAUGUCGGAGAUAUUUUGCCUGACGCAAGUUGAGAGGCUUAAAUGGAGUGGCAGACAACAGUGGUGGAAAAAUCAGGGAAAAUACCUGUGCUUUUAACAAUAUCUCUUCUGUGGCUUUGAAAGUUGAAGAAUUUCUCAGCCAGAGAAUGUAUUUCCUCCCUCUUUUUAUAAGCUACUUCUUUCUUUUGCCUUAUUAUUUGUGGAUCUGCUCCUGCUUCUAUUUAAAGCCAGAUGCAAAAAUUGGUGACCUGACUUUCCUAGGUACAAUGUUGUAAAUCUGAAGAACCAGGUGAGUAGAUUACUCUAGUAUAAGAUCAUGCCCCAUGUCUGAUCCUUUAAGAUACGGGAUAGUUCCUGCUUGUGUUGAAAUCACUGUGUAGAGGAUGUUGGGUACUUCAUAAGGAACUCCAAACUCUGUAGGACUGAGAUUCAUCUGGCAACUCCAGUAUUUCAGUCUGGUUUUGGAGACCUCUCUAUGUCUUCUCUUCUGUUCAUGGUGUUCAAAAGUUUGUUGCUGUGGAAGUAGCACCUGAAGGUAUGUUUUGCCCGAAGAACCUGCAAUGAAGCAGUUGCAUUAGCAAAUGGCAAUGUACCCCAGAGUUGAGUAAAAUAACAGAGGCCACCAAGUUUUUCUUGUUUGUGUGAUGAAAUGUUGUCAAAUUAAGUGAUUCGUUGGAGCCUUCCUUUAACUUCUGUACAGCAGUAAGCUUAGAGGAAAAGAGGAUUGCAUUAUUUUUUAAAAAGCUUUAUUUGUGACCUGGACUUGUUGCCUCUGACCCUCUUGGGCUUAAAUAGUUAAAUUAUAUUAAUGUCCAGUUUGUUUCACUGUAGGUAACACAUCAACUGAAUACUCUUGUGCAUAAUCUACUGUAUCUUUCCUCUGUUCUGUGUCAAUGUAUUAUGUGUAUUUGGAUUACAGUUCUUUUUGUAUUAAAUUAUUUUAUGUUAUAGAACAAUAUUUAAGCGAAGCAAAGAGCUAUUGAAAGUUGUUGGCGUUUUGGGAUUUCUUUUCUCUUUGCUCUUUUUUUGGAUGUACUGUAAAUUGUAAACCAAGGAUGCCAAGCAGGCUUGGUUCAAUGGCUAAAAUUAUUGUAUUACAGUGUAAUGCUGAUCUAGGCCUUGUCUCAACACUAGAGCACACAGACUUGAAUAAAACUGCUAUAAAAGUGA